CCACUACUAGUCCAUCCACCCCCAUGUUCCUCUUUCAGGCCUACUGAAUGGUUAAUGCAGGAGCGAUUGGAUAAGAUCAUGAACACAGUACCAGAUGGGUUCCUCACAGCUGAAGAAUUGAAUUUGAUGGUGUACAUUGUUGACAUUUGUCAGGAGGCAAUUGCAUGGACAGAUGCAGAGAGAGGUAUGUUCUUUUGCGAAUAUUUCCCUGACUAUGAAAUGCUAGUGAUAAAACAUGUUCCGUGGGUACGAGCACCAAUUCCAGUACCAAAAGCUAUAGAGGGAAAGGUGAGAGUGAUGCUGAAGAAGCAGAUAGAAGCGGGAAAAUAUGAGUAUUUGUCUGUGUCUUAUCGUUCGUCAACGUUCACUAUGGAAAAGAAAAUGGCUGUCGCGACUUGA